GUAUCUUAUCACGUAUAUUCUGUAUUAUAGUUAUUUGUUCAGCAGUCGAAAAGCUUGAAAUAUAAUAUUCAUUUAGUAUUGAACAUUCAAGAAUAUUUAACUAAAUCUAAAUGAAUUAAGCUAGGAUCCAAGAGUUCGUAAAAGUACAAAAGUUUUAUGUGAAUAUUUUUGUAAGAAGUCUGUUGUAUCCUUAAUCGUAUUUAUAAAUUUUAAUUGACGAUUGAAAAAAUGUCAGAACAAUUCGUUGGUUGUACAGUUUCUGUCACAUGUAUAGAUGAUCUUGGUACUUACCAGGGUCAAAUAAUCGAUUUAAAUAAACAAAGUGUGACUCUUUCAAAGGCUUUUUGUAACGGCGUACCGCAUACCUCGUCUGUAGUUAGUUUGAAUGCUAAAGAUAUAGUCAAUGUAGAAAUUAUUUCUACCAAAGAAGCUGGCUCUAAUAUAAAUGAUACGCAAACACAAAGUAAAGUAACAGUAAAGAGACCGAUUGCCAAAAGAGCUGGUAGAUCCUUUUCUGAAAGUGUUCCAUCUUCAACACAUUCCGGUGGAAUGCAAUCAUCAUCGAAUUUUAAAAAACCUGUUGAGUCGGCACAACAGCAAUCUGAGCUCGCAACUAAUGGAAAAAUGGGAUCAACUGAGCCUAAUUGUAAGCCAGCUCAAAAGAGACUUACCCAUAGACAGAGAGCACUUGAAAGGGAUGAGCAUACUUUUGGUACUCCCAUUGAUCAAUCCUUGAAUCAAGAUUUCGAUUUUGAAAAAAAUUUAGCAUUAUUUAAUAAAGAGGCUGUAUGGCAAGAAAUAAAUUCUCUUAAACCAGACAUCGUUAGACAGUCGGAGAGUAAUAGAGGUGGUGGUGGUAAAUAUCGACACGAUGAGAAUAUUAUUGUUUCGGAGCCUACAGCCUUCAGACAAAUUGUUGUACCUUCGACUGGGGAAAAAGAAUAUGUUACGGAUGAUGGCCUAGUAAUACCAAGUAUCACUCUUGAUCUUCAUCGUCAAUUAAUUGGUGCAGCAGAUCGGCUUGGUAUUAGCUGGGAACGAAGGGUAGAACUUCUUGGACGUGCAGGAGCAGAAAUUAUUCUUCAACUUCUUGGUGGUGGACAUAGACUCAAUCCAAAUAAUGCUCAUCAAUGGCCAACCGUUGUAGCACUUUGCGGACCGAAUAGAUCAGGAGCUGCUGGCGUUAAUUGCGCACGACAAUUAUCUAGUCAUGGUGUUAAAACAAUAGUAUUCGUUGAAAAUUCAGAAGAUGUUUUUCUUCUACAAGAACUAUCAUUAUAUAGAUUGACAGAAAACAAAGUAGAAACUAAAGUUAAAAAUUUACCUUCUGUCGUAGAUUUAAUUCUUGUUGCGCUAUGCGAUGAAAAUUCUCCAAAAAUGGUUACUCCAGUAACACUGUGGGCAAAUAAUAAUAGAGCACUUAUUUUAGCUAUUGAACCACCAUCUGCAGGUACACCUGGCAUUUUAAGUAAAUUUAGUUUAGUUGGUGCUUUACCAUUAUCUCAUAGUCUUGACAAUGGUAGACUAUAUCUUUGUAAUCUUGCUCUACCAAACAAAGUUUAUUCUGAUGUUGGGAUUACUUAUAGGUCUCCUUUUGGACCAAAAUUUGUCAUUCCUUUGCAUUCCGAUAACUCCUAGCAAAUUUUUAAUCAAUAUGUUGAUUCUAGCAACAGCAUCUUCAGAUUUUAAAAAGUUCUGUUUUUUUUCUUUUUUUUUUUUUUUUUUUUUUUUUUUUUUUUUUUUUUUUUUUUUUUUUUCUUUAGCAUUGUAUACAUUUAAAAUAGAAGUAUACUAUGUCACAGGAACAUACUUCAAGGACAGAGGAUAUUGUCCUCAUAUACAUAUAAAAAAAAAAAAAACAAAAAAAAACAAAAAAAAACAAAAAAACAUAACAUGCUGUGACAUUUACUAUGUAAAUUAUAGUUUUUCGUAAGCAUGUGUUAAGUGUGGCUUACAUCAAAUUGAGGAUGAUAUAUUUGAUAUGUUUUAAUAGAACAAUAUAUUUAUUGAUAUAUCAUACAUUUAUAAUAUUAGAUUAAUCACAUUUAUAUAAUCGGACAAAAAAACGAGCACAGUCAGAAUUCUAUAAACUAUAUUGUGUAAUUGCAUUUGAAUUUUGCCGCUAAAGCUUUGUAAAUGAAAUCAUUAAAAUACGUAGUACAUACGAUAACGGUUAUAACAAUCAGUGAAAAAAAAAGUUGUAAUAUUUUAAUAUGUAUUAGAUAUUCUUUAGAAAUGAUCCAUUUUAUGACUCGUAAAAAUUAUAGUUACCGAAAAUUAUUUAUUGUACAAAUCUCAUUUUUUUCUCUUUUUUUUUUUUUUUUUUUUUUUUUUGUUUUUUGGAAAGUUCAAAUGUAUUUAU